AAUUCCUAAUACAUUUCAUAGAUAAUUUCGAAGGAUAAUUUAAAAUAUAGCUAUGAGAUCUCUUCUUGUUCUUCUAUGCUGCGUGGGUUUGGUCACUGCUCAAGCUAACUUUGUUGCUGUGAACAUUUGUGAGGGUGGACGUGCAGACAUUGGGUGUCCAGCUGGCCAAGUGAUGGUUAUACAAAGGGCGUACUACGGUAGAAAAGAUCCUUCAAAGUGCCCUGGAAAAAACACAAACUACACAGAAUGUGAGGCAACCAACUCAGAGGCUUACAUUAAAAACGCUUGUGGUGGUCACCAGUCAUGCUAUUUGAUAUCCACCAACGAUACCUUUGGCAGAGACCCAUGCGAGGAUACCUCAAAGUAUACCCAUGUCGAAUACUACUGCCAUGCACUUUAGUAAUUCAAGAGUUGUUUUUUCUGCAACCAUUAAAUAAAAAGUAGAAGUUGCAAA